AUGGCGCCUAUCGAGCGUAUAACGCUAUUCAACAUUCCUAAGGAAGAAGACCGUCUGCGUCUGGUUGAAGAGUACAAGCAACUCUCCAAAACGGCAGUCAAGGAUGGCAAGCCUUAUAUUUCAAAUGUCUCUUUUGGCCCUGGCUUUGAGGAUCCCCGCAGUCAGGGAUACAAUUUCGGUGUCAAGACUACGUUUGCGACCAUCGACGAUAUGAGGUAUUAUGAUACCACGUGUGAGGCCCAUAAGACUUUGAAGGCGUAUGUUGGGGGAGUGAGGGCCGGUGAUGUGUUGACGGUGUAUUAUGAGAAUGCGGCGUAA